CAUCCCGAGAUCAUUCACGAAUGAAAACAUGCAUUCGAAGCAGCAGGAAGAUCAGAAACCUGUAAAGAUAGAGUUUACUGAAGAGUGCAGAGAGAACACGAGUGAUCCAGAACCUUUCAGAGUGAAGCAUGAAGAAACUGAAGAGUGCAGAGAGAACACGAGUGAUCCAGAACCCUUCAGAGUGAAGCAUGAAGAAACUGAAGAAGAAAGAGAGGUGAUCAAAGAAAAGGAGGAGAAUGAAGAAUUGACCUGUCCUCAGUGUGAAAAGAGUUUGACAUGCAAAUAUAGUCUUGAUGUUCACAUGAGACUUCAUACCGGAGAGCAACCAUUUAAGUAUUCACUUUGUGACCAGAGAUUCAGUCUUUCUGGACAUCUGAAAAUACACGAGAGGAUCCACACUGGAGACAAACCGUUCACUUGUGAUCAAUGCGGGAAGAGUUUUAGAGAAUCAACAAACCUUAACGAUCACAUAAACGACCACACAGAAGAGAAACCGCAUGCAUGUGAUCAAUGCGGCAAAAUAUUUAAGUGGGUUUCAGUCCUGAAGAAGCACCUGAAUGUUCAUACAAAGGAGAAGCAACAUUCAUGCCAUUUGUGUGGAAAGAGUUUUUCAUGUCUAAAUACUUUGAAAGUGCAUGAGAAAAUGCAUACUGGUGUGGAAGAGUACAUGUGCUUUGAGUGUGAAAAGACUUUUACUACAGCAAACAAUUUGAAAAUGCAUGAGAGGAUUCACACUGGAGAGAAACCGUACACUUGUGAUCAGUGUGGGGAGGAGUUUCACACAAUCAUCAAGCCUUAAGGUACACAUGAACAUCCACAUGGGAGAGAAAACCGCAC